GAGCCAAUUGUCACAAAAUGGACGAACGCUUGAAAGAUUCCGAUAGAACCGCGGUGGCGGGUAUAGCCCACUCGCCGCCGCACCGGAAGGCCUACUCAUACAGCCAGCAGCUGAGAACCAACACCGGCGGACACCAGAAGCGGUACAACAACCACCCCCGCAACCACAGCCUCGACGAGAUCGACAUCCUGGGCCCCGGCCACAGAAGGAACGCCUACUACGACGGCGGCGGCGGCGGCGGCGUCAAUUCGUCCGACGACGAGGAGUUCUACCGGUACGCUAGUAGCAGGGAAGGCGGCGCGAGCGACCGCGUCGUGGAUUACCGGCACCUGGGCCAGAUCGUGGAGGGAAUGGGGAUGGGAGACGACGGCGCGUUUGAUGAGUCUCAGCAGGCGCCGGACCAGCCGCUGCCGGAGUUUAUGGCGAACGGCGGAGGUGUGGGGGUGUUUAAGGUUCCUCAUAGGGCGGCGGUGCACCCUAAUCGGCCGCCGUGUCUUGAGCUCAGACCUCAUCCUCUCAGAGAAACUCAGGCGGGGAAAUUUUUGAAGACGAUAGCCACGACAGAAACGCAAUUAUGGGCAGGGCAAGAAUCGGGCGUGAGAGUAUGGAAAUAUUCAGACGCGUACGAAGCAGGGAUUGGUAUGGUUAGUGGGAGAAAGGCUCCGAGAGGUGACGAGGAUGCCGCUCCUUAUUUCGAAUCGGCAAACACAUCACCCACAAUAUGUAUGAUGGUCGAUCAAGGGACUAAGUUGGUUUGGACUGGCCACAAAGACGGUAAAAUUAGGUCUUGGAAAAUGGACCAAAAUUUCUCCGACGGGACCACUUUUAAGGAAGGGUUUUCGUGGCAGGCGCAUCGUGGCCCCGUUCUUUCCAUGGCAAUUUCUUUCUAUGGUGAUAUAUGGUCAGGUUCAGAGGGUGGUAUUAUAAGGUUAUGGCCAUGGGAAUCAAUUGAAAAAUCUCUUUCUCUCUCACCAGAAGAAAGACGAAUGUCUGCUUUGUUAGUCGAGAGAUCCGUUGUUGACCUAAGAGCCCAAGUUACCGUUAAUGGAGUAUGCAAUAUUUCUUCAUCAGAUGUUAAAUAUCUGUUAUCUGAUCAUGUCCGAGCCAAAAUCUGGGCCGUUGGAUCUCAAUCCUUCUCGCUAUGGAACGCCCGUACAAGAGAACUCAUAAAAGUAUUCAAUAUCGAGGGUCAAAUCGAAAACCGCGUGGAAAUGCCAUCCUCACAAGAACAAGUAGUCGAAGACGAAAUGAACGUUAAAUUCGUCUCGAAAUCCAAAAAGGACAAAUCACAAGGCUUCUUACAAAGGUCACGUAAUGCAAUAAUGGGCGCCGCAGAUGCAGUUCGAAGAGUAGCAAAAGGCGCUGGAGCAUUCGUGGAAGACACUAAAAAAACCGAAGCUAUAUUAAUUGCGACCGAUGGCAUUAUUUGGACCGGUUGUUCAAAUGGAUUAUUAAUCCAGUGGGAUGGAAAUGGAAACCGGUUACUCGAUUUGGCCCACCACCCUAGCUCGGUUCAAUGCUUUUGUACCCACGGGUCGAGAAUAUGGGUGGGGUAUUCGAGCGGGUUGAUCCAAGUUCUUGAUCUUGAAGGGAAUUUGAUAGCGGGUUGGGUCGCCCAUAAUGAACCGGUAAUUAGAUUAGUUAUUGGGAAUGGUUAUGUUUUUAGUUUGGCGACGCAUGGAGGUAUACGCGGGUGGAAUAUUUCUUCGCCCGCGCCUAUUGAUAAUAUAUUGCGUACGGAAUUAUCGGAGAGGAAAGAUUUGUAUACGAGGCAAGAGAAUAUUAGGAUUUUGAUUGGUACAUGGAAUGUUGGUCAAGGAAGAGCGACGCAUAAUGCUCUUAUGUCUUGGUUGGGUUCUGCUGUGUCUGAUGUUGAUAUUGUUGUCGUUGGGUUGCAAGAAGUUGAAAUGGGUGCCGGGUUUCUUGCCAUGUCAGCAGCAAAAGAAACUGUAGGGCUAGAAGGGAGUUCUGUUGGGCAAUGGUGGCAAGAUCACAUUGGCAAGGCUUUGGACGAAGGCUCUGCUUUUGAACGCGUGGGGUCUCGACAGCUGGCAGCCUUGUUGAUCGCCAUUUGGGUGAGAAAAAAUCUGAGGACGCAUGUCGGAGAUUUGGAUGUUGGAGCAGUUGCGUGUGGUUUGGGUCGUGCAAUUGGUAAUAAGGGAGGUGUAAGUUUACGGUUGAGAGUGUUUGAUCGGAUAAUGUGUUUCACAAAUUGCCAUUUAGCCGCACAUUUGGAAGCAGUUAACCGUCGUAAUGCUGAUUUUGAUCAUAUUUUUCGAACAAUGAGUUUCACUCGAUCAUCAAAUUUCUUUAACAAUGCUACCGUUGGUGUUAAUUCAUCUUCCAAUCAGCCAACCCGUGACAAAAACGCUUCAACUGAUAAACCCGAUGAGGGGAGGCCUGAUCUUGCUGAAGCGGAUAUGGUCGUAUUUACGGGUGAUUUCAAUUAUCGUCUAUUUGGCAUAACUUACGACGAAGCAAGGGAUUUGGUUUCUCAAAGAAGCUUCGAUUGGCUUCGAGAAAAGGAUCAACUCAGAAACGAAAUGAAAGCUGGUAAAGUUUUCCAAGGAAUGCGCGAAGCACUUAUCAGAUUCCCUCCCACUUAUAAGUUCGAAAAAGGAAAACCGGGUUUGGGAGGUUAUGACUCGGGCGAGAAGAAACGAAUCCCAGCGUGGUGUGAUAGAGUCCUAUAUCGUGAUAAUCGUACAGCUCCGACAAAAGAAUGCAGCUUAGAAUGCCCCGUCAUCGCUUCCAUAGUACAGUACGAGGCUUGCAUGGAUGUGACCGAAAGUGACCAUAAACCCGUUCGAUGCAAAUUGAAUUUGGACAUUGCUCACGUUGACAAAUCUGUGAGGAGACAAGAAUUUGGAACAAUACUUCAGACAAACGAGACAAUUAGAUCCAAUCUCGAAGCGCUACGAUUUGUUCCGGAAACAAAUGUUAGCACAAAUAAAAUAUCCCUCCAAAAUCAAGACACGUUCAAUUUGAAAAUUACGAAUAAGAGUGGAGAAGAGACUGUUUUUUAUCAUAUUUUAUGCGAAGGCCAAUCCACUAUUAAGGAGGAGGAAGCAACGCCGGAUUAUCGCCCGAGAGGUUCGCUUGGUUUCCCACGUUGGCUUGAGGUCACACCUGCAGCAGGAAUGAUUAAACCUGACCAAGUCGCAGAUAUAUCAGUACACCACGAAGAAUUCCACAAAUUAGAAGAAUUUGUCGAAGGAAUCCCGCAAAGCUGGUGGUCCGAAGACACAAGAGACAAAGAACUCAUAUUAUUGGUCAUUGUAAGAGGAAGUUGCUCCACCGAUUUAAAAACCCACCGAGUAAAUGUUCGACACUGCUUUUCCGGAAACUCACUCCGUAUAGAUUCAUCAACUAAUGCUUCUAGAAGAUCACAAGAAGGUAGCACACACAAUAGGCCAUCCAAUAUAAGAUAGCUUAUAGCAUUAUUUUAUUUUUCGAUCAAAAUAUUUUUUAAUUGAAUUUAUUUUUUGGGCGAUAUUUCAAAUGGGUUAUCGUCGUAUUAUGUUCAGAUCGGGUCGUAUUGUUUUUCAUCGUCUGUUUAUUACAUCUUUAUGCUGAAGGUGUGAUUAUUGAAUAUUGAUCAGAAGGUACAUAUAUAUAUAGAUAUAGUUAUUGGUACGUAGGCAAAUUUUGUGAGUUUAGCAAUACGGCAUUUUUGUCUCGUAACGAGACAAUUUUCCAUCAUUUAUGUGGAUCUAUUCAUUCGUUAAUGCUUGGAAUGUAUCGAUGGGGCUGGAAAUUUUCAUUGA